AAACCCUUUCCGCAAAACCCGGUUUUGAGGGAACAGACAGCACUAGAAUAGCUCCGACUUGACGCUCAGUUUUAUCUGUGCAAUAGUGUUAGUUACGUUGCUCACUCUCCCACUUUCCAUUUCAAUUCUCUCUCAUCGGGGAUGAACCUUCUCUCUCUAACCUCGCCACUUCCCCUUUACUAUUGUUCAUCUCCUACUGUAACGAGACUUCCCUCUUCAUUCAAAUGCACAUCCCGCGCAGUUUUAAGGAAAUGCUUCAAAGGGGAAAAGGAAGAGGAGCUUCUAGAAGGGAUGCCAAAGGAGUAUUAUGACGAUGAAUGGCAAGCCCGGCAACGUGAAAAGAACAAGGAGGUACAUCGGAGUCGCAAACAGGAGGAAGAGGAAGAGGAAAGAAGGAUGGAAGAGUAUCGUGAAAUUGGCAUGCGGUUGAAGGAAUACCCAGAAGAAGAUGUCAUAAAAGCAAGGAAAUUGGUUGCAAGCCUUAUCAGAGCUGCUGAAGAAGUGGAAGAGAAAAUUGAGGAAGCUGCUGAGAAAGGAGAACUUACUGAACUUGUUUUAAUGGUCAUAUGGAAUCGCCUUGAUCUUGCUCGGCGUGAUGAAGAAAAGGAUGCCAUUAGAAGUCUGGAUCUGUUAUACAGAAGGGUUGAGACUGAGAUCUUGAAACGGGAGGCUACCCCUGCGAUGAGAUUGCUCAAUGAUCUUUUGAUUAUGUAUGAUGGCUUUGAUUUUGAAGAGUGGCUAAAGAAAUGUAGAAAGGUCAUGAUUGAUACAUUUCCUCGGGAGGAUCCAUUUAGCAUUCUUGUUCCACCAGGAUUUGAGUCAUUCGACAUAGAUAAGCAUCACGGGCCAUUGCGACCGUCACUUGAAGUUGACGAUCCUCUUUUCAGGGUAGAUUUUGUAAGGGAGGUGGAUGCAUUGCUGCAAGAGGUUCGUUCUGAACAGAGUGAAGUACAGAAUGAAACAGGGUUUGAUCCUGAAUCUGUUGCAAAUAGAUUGAAGCAACAGGAGAAGCAACAAACAAUCCGCCAAGUAGAAGCUCUGUUAGAUUUAGCCAUUGGUUUGAAAUGGUAACUAUUUUGUCGUAGCUUGCAUUAGUUGUGAAUAGGAAUUGGCACACACUGCAGGUGAGAAACAUAGGUGGGAAAUCGGUUAGGAGAGAAUCGAAUCAAUUUCUUUUUGUGAACAGUAAAGUUAACUUUUUAGUAAAUAUUUAUGGUGUAAUAUUUUGGUAAAUAAUUUUUUUUUUGUAAUA